AUGUCAUUAACCUCAACGUUUCCGAUGAUUCAAUAUCAAAGUACAUCAUCAAAUUUUGCAUCAUCAUCAACUUCAUUACAAGAUCUCAUUUACUACUAUCCUACCUACCUAGAUACCCCAUAUCCCACAUCAACAGCGAAUAAUUUCCACCCACCUCCACCUCUUACCAAACCGAUCGGUACCGGUACUCAUCCGAAUAAUCUGAGACAAGACUGGUAA